CGCCCCCGUCCCGCCCUCGGUGUCACGGUGUCCCGGCGCUGCGGGACGGGCCCGGUGCGCAGGGGACGGCCCGGCGGGGCGGGGCGGGCGCUCCGGGAGCGCUGCGCUCCGGGACGGGGCUGGCGCAGCGCGACCCCCGUGCGUGGGGCUGUCACCGAGCCCGCUGCCGCUCGGGGCUUUCGCUUUCGCCUCCUGAGCACUCGCGAUUUGUUUCCUGGCGCAGGGUUUGAAGCCCGGACCCAGAAAUGAGGAAGGUUCUGUGCGUGGAGCCCGUCAUUUUCUUCUACGUUUUUGCAUUUUCCCUGACGACUCCGCUGGUGCAGCAGUUCAUCUACCGGCGGCUGUGGGAGCAGGAGUACAACUCCACUUUCAUCAGCGACAGCAAUGCCAGUCACUGCGAGCAGAAUAAGAGCAGCCCGGCUUAUAUCAAACAGAAGGAAGUUCAAGAAAAAGCCUCUGUUUUUAUUAUGCAGUUGGACUUAACUAGAGCCAUUCCCAGCCUUAUAGUUGCCUUUGUCAUUGUAGCUAAUGGGGAUCGCCAGGGACACAAAAGGUCUUUAGUUUUACCAUCAAUGGGAGCUUUGAUUUCCAGUAUUAGCUUCACUGCAAUAUCAUAUUUUUCCUUGUCACUCUCUGUCCUAUUUGCAUUAGCAUUUAUUACUGGACUCUUUGGGAGUAUAGCAACUUUCCUUGGAGGAGGCUUUGCUUACAUAGCAGAGGGGUGUCAUGAUGAGAAGCAGAAAACAACACGAAUAGCUGUAGUGGAUUUGAUUUUUGGAGUUGUAUCUGGAUUGGCAGGACUGUCAUCUGGCUACUUUCUAAGAGGAAUAGGCUUUGCAUGGACAUUUGUGAUAGCAUCUCUGCUCCAUGUCAUUAAUAUAAUCUAUAUUGUAUUUUUUCUGGAAGAUACUGUAGGUGUAUCUCAAUUCCAGCAUGAAGCACUAGUAUCCUGGAAAGAACUUCUUAGGGAGACAUUUUCUGGAGUGUACAUGCUUUUUCAAACUGCCCCUUAUAAAAAGAGGAUUUUAAUAAUUGUGUUACUUUUUACAUUUAUGACUUAUUUGUUUACUGUGCUGGGUGGGAGUUCACUUUUUACACUGUAUGAACUGGAUGAGCCACUCUGCUGGAAUGAAGUAUACAUUGGAUAUGGAGCAGCUGCAUCCACUUCUAUAUCAUUGACCAGCUUUUUAGGAGUUUACUUAUUUUCCAAAUGUCUCAAAGACAUUUAUAUUGUCUUUAUUGGGAUGUUUUCGUACAUUGGAGGAAUGACCAUGGCUGCCUUUGCCAAAACUACUCUGCUCAUGUUUUUAGUGAGAGUGCCAUCUUUGUUCUGCUUUAUGCCUAUUCCUGUUCUCCGAUCCAUGCUGUCAAAAGUGGUUCUCCCUGGUGAACAGGGUGCUGUGUUUGCUUGUAUUGCCUGUUUAGAAGUUGUGACUGGCACAAUGUCAAUUUCAGUUUUUAAUAUUCUCUAUGCGACUACUGUUGCAUGGUUUUCAGGCUUUAGCUUCCUCCUAUCGGCAGGCCUUUGUCUAAUUCCACUGGCUGUCCUGUGCUGGCUUCUGUGCACAAGCUGGAAUGGGGAGGACUUGGCUCUCCUGGUCCCUGAAGAAGUAUCCAGCUUAGAGAGUGCUGAUAGUUGAACAAAGGAUCCACAUACCCAGGAUUUCUAAUCUGACAUGCAGUGGCAGAGAUAGUUAUGUCACACAGAAACCACAGAGAUAACACAACACAAUCUCCAAGUGGCCCUGCAGCAAUAAGCACUAAAUUGGUACCACUCAAUACCCAAUCUCCUUUUAGCACUUCACUAAAGCUAGCUAUUAACUAUGGGAAUAGGCUGACAAUUGAGAUUAAUGCUGCUUCAGCAUGAAGGAAAAAAUAAGGUAGGAUGGUACUUUUUCCGCUUACUCUUUCUCAAGUUUGAGAAUGUCAGCUGUGGAUUGUGAUACAUCUUGUAUCACUCUAGGUUGGGUGACAAAGACAAGCUUAGCAACCCAAAGGAUGCUGGCACUUCUGCUGAAGACAUUGCAGCUUGUGCCAGUUGAGGAUGUGGUCCACUGCAUACAUCUUGAAAGGCCUGUCUUAACAGUGAAGCCCCCAAACUGUCUAAAAUGACUAAACUAAAAAAUAGUGUUUUUUCAGAAAGCAAACUGGAGGCAGUACUUACACCUGCCCUAAGCACACUUACUGUUCUGCAGCUCGCAGAGUGUGUAAGUUUAACAUAAGAUGUGUGGACCUUGCCUGUGACUUUGCUCUUGAAAUGGAUUUUUACACAGAACUGUCAGAAAAUUUCUUGCAGAGAAAUCUUGCAGAGUGUGAAAUUCAGCCUAAACCUACAUUUUGCAGAGGCCAUAUUGCAUAUUUAUCAGUUUCCAUAUAUUAAGGAAUGCAUACAGACAUCUCUGUUUUGUCCCAGAGAUACUUCUUGUUUUCUAGUUAAGUUAGUACCUUAGCUUAAAGGUUUCUUUUAGUGAAAAGCUGUGAUAGCAUUUCUGAUCUGUAGAUCUUUAUUUUUUUAACAACCCUGAAAUGAAGUUACAAAAUCAGAAUCAAUAAUCUAAUAAUCUUGCAACAAAUGCAGCAUAAUUUAUGAACAUGUGAACAGCACUUCUAAUCUUCAAAGCACUUUACAAAUGCUAUUCAAAACAUCCUUCCAUAAUAGAUACUAUCCUCUUGGUUGUAUAGAGAGAAAUUAACAGAGAGGACAAGUGACAUCACCAGGGCCCCAAUGCAAGCUGGUGAGACUGCCAAACCUAGGAAUCAGUUUCAGCACUGACUUCUCACCUUUUCCCUUAAGAUCUUUAAGUAGAAAUUAUCCUGAGUAUUAGAUUCUAGAAUGCACAGCACAGCAGAAGUGUGAAUAUAACAUCAUGUUAAGGACCACUCCCAUCUGUUGAUUUUGUUAAGAGUUUGACAGCCAAUACUGUUCUGAUCUCUCAAAGUUGUGUGUGACUCUUUUCCCCCAAAACAGAUUAGAUAGAAAAAGCAAAACAAUGUAAAGUGGUUGCCAUUUAGAGAAUGAAACCUCUAGGAAAGCAACUACAAUGACUUCACACGCACACAGCUUAGGAUAAAAAUGCAGACAGACAUAGCAUGUACUGUAUAAACAAUGAGCUGCUUACAGCCACUGAUACCCAUCCUAUGAACAGAGUCCUGCAGAACUUCCCAGUGGUACUCCACCAAAAAACAGUAAUGCCAAAUCAUGAUGAUACUUUUAUAGAUCCUUUAUAACUGAAUGAUUGCAUUCUUUCCAAGUUAUGUGUCAUGUCACAGAGAAGCCUGGAAGAAGAUUCAAAUAAUUUAAAGAGAGAGCGCUUAUGAUAUUCAGGAGACCACUAUCUGACCAUCACAGGUGAAAACAGGGCCAUUUAUCCAGGCCAUGGGGAAUGUGCUAACACCUCUAGCUAGCUCUUACACUUCUGUCCUGAACUCCCAAGACUGAUGUUGGCAAUUAAAGAUCAUUAGCUUUCUCUCGGUAGUUUAGACUAGAGCCAGAAAAUAAAACUGCUUAAUGCCUUUGAGGUGCCCAAGCUACUUCCAACUUACUGGAAACAUGAGCUGAGUACUACAAUAACCAGUGGGUCCAAAACAUAAUGAGUACUUGUAGAGAGAUUAAGAAAACACUGAUGUAAAGGAUUUUAGCACAAACAUUACAUUGUCUUCCUUGCCUCUUCAUUAUGCAGUUAUGUAAGGCUUUAUGAAAUUAACUAUUUCACACAAAACUGCCUGGAAAUAAAAAAGCAAAUGCAGAAGGGACUUGUACCUUCACUUGCUCUUCCUCAGUGCGCACCUCUCCUAGUACUUGGGAGCUCAUAACAAAACGAGCCACUUGCACAGUGGUGCUGUGUCAGUCCAACAAGCACGUACACCUCAGGAAUGGCUUUGUUAUGAUUUGAUUUAACUGCACAAAGUAUGUGCUGUUUGCUGAGUGUUUCUGGUAGAUGGAGCAUCUAGAACUGGCUAUAAAUUUACGCCAAACACAUGGAGGAUAUGAACUGUGUUUUUAAAAAGCCUUGCACAGUGGAAGCUGAGGAACCAAGUACAAUAUGCAUCAGAUUAUUAAAGCCAAAUCUAUUAAGUUUCUAAUAAUUUCUUUAUUUGUGUAUAAAUACAAAUUAUUUUGACAUAAUAAUAAUAAAAUUUGGUUUUUUAAACUCUUGCAUUUGUAGUUCUUCUGCUUUUCAGUUUUGUUUUUUGACAAAUGGCCAACAGUAUGACCAACAGAGGAUUGUUGGUGUAAACAGGAGCAGCAUUAUGGUAUCAUCUAUUUUUUAUGGUCAUAACACAAACAGCAGAGCAGAUGUGCUUUUGCUUCCCUCCUGCACCUGGGGAAAGCAUGCUGCCCAGAACAUUGGCACCAAGAGGAGGUGGGGAGUUGCAGAGUAGGGACAGCACUGCCACCUCUAAGAAGUCAUGGUUAGGCCUUGUGUUGCAGAGCUGGAAGGGCCUUCCUCCCCUUACCCAGGCCAGAUCUGACCCAGCUCCACUGCCCAGCACACCCCACUUAGCUGCCUCCAUGGGUUGCUCUGUGCAGCACCUGCUUUACAGAAUGAGGCUUGUACAAAAUGGGAAGAAUGGGCUGGGGCAGAAAGCCCAGUCCACAGCCCAACCCCCUGUAGCACUGAGAAAAUGUAACCCUUCGUUUUUACCUCAAAAGCUUUUUGCCUCAGUCCUGCUUGACUCCCAUUUCUCUACUAACAGCAUAAAUUCUUAGACAGGCCUCUUACACAUACUCUUUGCUUUCCAGCCUGGCU